AUGCAUAAAUCCGAGACUUCAUCAUCAUCAAUCAUCGAUGCUGCAAAUAAAUUAUUUGAUCAAAUUGAUGAUAAUGAACGUUGUGAUAUAAUUGUAUCCAAUCUUUUAUUCGAUGAUUUAUUUGCAUCGAAUGAUGAACCUUUAGUUACUCAUCUUGAUUCAGUUUCGGUACAAUCAUCUCGAGUUGUUCAUCAACGAAUAACAUCUGAUACUGGUGGACGACGAAAUGGUCGUGGAUUAGGAUCAGCAAUUAGUUCACGAAAUCUGAAAAGAAAUCGUAAUAAUAGUCUCGAAGAAUAUCCUUUACAUUUGGCAUGUCAAAAUGGUCAAAUUGAAGUUGUUGGAAGAUUAUUACAGGAAUUUUCACCUGUUACACUUGAACAUGAUAUGAAUCGAUGGUCACCACUUCAUCAUGCUGCUUGGCAUGGUCAUCAUCGAAUUGUUGAAUUAUUACUUCGUUCGAAACGUUUUUCCGUGAAUGCAGUUGAUAAUUCACAUAUGAGUCCAUUACAUUUAGCUGCAUUAGGUGGUCGUUCAGAAACCAUUCGAAUUCUACUUGAUUGUCCAGAUAUUAAUGUGCAUGCAAAAAAUAAAGAUGGUAAAACAGCACUUGAUUUUUGUCAACAAAAUCCAAAUCGUGAUUGGCAAUCAUGUACUGAAUUAAUCGAAAAGUUUCUUCAAAAACCUCUUGAAAAAAUCAAAAUUUGUCUUGCUGAUGGUAGUACGAUUGAAUUGGAUCUUGUUUCUGGUCCUGCUGAAACAACUGUUCGUCAAUUACAUACACAAAUGAUGACACGUUUACGUUUACCAAAUGAAGUUUCACAUGUAUUUGGUAUAUGGAUUUGUUCAAAAAGUGUUCGAAUACAAUUAAAUCCUGAUCAUAAACCAGUUCAAUUUUUACUUAAUUGGAAACGUUAUGCAAGUGAAUUAACAACAAUUCCAAGUGAAUCAACACUCCGAAAUCCUUCAUCAUCAUCAUCACCAAAAUUAAAUUCGAAUUCUGAAGAUGCACAAUUAUGGUGGUCACGUGAUACAUUACUUAAAAUUGAAUUUGAACAACGUCUUCGUAUUCCGCAUGUUAUACAUUUAUUAUUUCUUGAAGCAUAUCAAAAUUAUUUAUUAGCUUAUUAUCCAUGUACAGAUGAAGAUGCAAUUGAAUUUGCUGUUUUAAUGAUGGGAAUUAAUGAAAAACAAUUAGACGAUAAAUUAUGGGAAAAUUUUUUAUAUAAUGAUUCAAAUAAUAUUUCAUUAUUAAUUCCUGCGGAAAAAUUAAAACGUGCAGGAAUUAUAUAUUGGCGUCGAACUAUUCUUAAACGUUAUAAAGAAGUUUUUAUUGACGAUCAAACAAUGCAAAAUCGAUCACAAUUAACACUUUAUCUUAAAAUGCAAUUUCUUAAUUUAGCACAAAAUUUAACUAGUUAUGGCUCGGGAGUCAUCCACACAGGACGUCCAUCUGGUAUGUUGUAA